UGAGUAUUUAGUAUUGACAAUUGAUAAAUAAGGGAGCUCAUUUUAUCUGCCCUAUGAACAAAUUUAGGGACCAAUGACAAUCUUGUGGAGGUCUUCUGCUACCAUUAGAGCUUAUGUUACCCAUACACUUUGUUCGCCGGCGACAUUCCGGCAGAAUAUUCCGGCAUACUUUUCUAGGGCCAUUUCUCAUUCUUGCACUUCUCCCUCUUCAUACUCUCUGUUCAUGUCGCCGGUUUGCUUCACUCAAACGCAUGCACUUUCAUCAUCUUCUAGCCCCAUUUUCAAACCUAGCAUAUCGUUCUACUCUGAUAAGAGGAUGCAGGUGAUGGGGUAUGCCUUGUUGUCCACUUCUUCCGGCGAUGUGAAUGGAGCAAAGCAGGUUAUCAAGCAAAAAACUAGUCAGGAAGCUAAAGUUGAUCAAGUUCCUGAUGUGAAAAUACUAACUACCCUGGUUAAGUACUUAUGGUCAAAGGAUAAUCUUGAAUUUCGCCUCAGGGUUCUGGCAGCUGUAGGGUUUCUAGUUGGUGCAAAGGUUUUGAAUGUUCAGGUGCCUUUUUUGUUUAAACUUGCAGUUGAUUGGCUUACGACUGCAACUGGGAAUGCCAGUGCUCUUGCUUCCUUUACAGCUUCCAAUUCAUAUAUGCUCGCUUUUUUUGUUAGUCCAGCUGCUGUUUUACUUGGUUAUGGGAUAGCACGUGUUGGUGCUUCAGCUUUCAAUGAACUACGAACUGCAGUAUUUUCCAAGGUAGCUCUACGGACAAUUCGAUCCUUGUCACGGAAGGUUUUCUCACAUUUGCAUGAACUUGACCUUCGUUAUCAUCUUAGUCGAGAAACUGGUGCUCUCAAUCGGAUCAUUGAUCGUGGUAGCCGUGCUAUAAACUUCAUUCUCUCAUCUAUGGUGUUUAAUAUUGUACCCACGAUUUUAGAGAUAUCUAUGGUGUCAGGUAUAUUGGCUUACAAGUUUGGAGCUCCAUUUGCAUGGAUCACUUCCUUGUCAGUUGCUGCAUAUGUUGCUUUCACGUUGACUGUGACUCAGUGGAGGACGAAGUUCAGGAAGGCUAUGAACAAGGCUGACAAUGAUGCUAGUACAAGGGCAGUUGAUUCACUUAUUAACUAUGAGACCGUCAAAUAUUUUAACAACGAGACGUAUGAAGCUGAAAAGUAUGAUGAGUUUUUGAAGAGGUAUGAAGAUGCUGCACUGAAAACUCAACGCAGUCUUGCUGCUCUCAACUUCGGCCAAAAUGUGAUAUUUAGCAUAGCUCUCUCAACUGCUAUGGUUUUGUGCUCAAAUGGUAUAAUGGCCGGGCAGAUGACAGUUGGCGACUUGGUUAUGGUAAAUGGCCUACUUUUCCAGCUUUCACUUCCGUUAAAUUUUCUUGGUAGCGUUUAUCGGGAGACAAUCCAGAGUCUUGUUGACAUGAGAUCAAUGUUUCAACUACUAGAGGAAAAGGCUGAAAUCAGUGAGAAAGAAAAUGCAAAGCCUUUGCAGCUGAAUGGGGGCAGUAUUCAAUUUGAUAAUGUACAUUUCAGUUACCUGACUGAAAGAAAGAUACUUGAUGGGAUAUCAUUUGUUGUGCCACCUGGACGAAGUGUGGCUAUCGUUGGCACUAGUGGAAGUGGCAAGUCAACCAUCCUCAGAUUGCUUUUCAGAUUCUUCGAUCCUCAUCAUGGACAUAUAAGAAUUGAUGACCAAGAUAUAAGCGAGGUUACUCUUGAAAGUUUACGGGAAUCUAUAGGUGUUGUGCCACAGGACACGGUACUUUUUAAUGACACAAUAUUCCACAACAUCCAUUAUGGCCGUCUGAUGGCAACAGCAGAGGAGGUAUAUGAGGCUGCACGGCAAGCAGCAAUUCAUGAUACUAUCAUGAAUUUCCCUGAGAAGUAUUCAACGGUUGUGGGGGAAAGAGGUCUAAAGUUGAGUGGUGGUGAAAAGCAGCGUGUCGCACUGGCUCGUGCAUUCCUUAAAUCUCCGUCCAUUCUGCUUUGCGAUGAGGCUACAAGUGCGCUAGACAGCACCACAGAGGCAGAAAUUUUAAGUGCUUUAAAGUCGCUUGCUAAUAAUCGGACCUCCAUUUUCAUUGCUCAUCGGCUUACAACUGCUAUGCAAUGUGAUGAGAUUGUAGUCCUAGAAAAUGGGAAGGUCGUUGAGCAGGGACCGCAUGAUGUCCUUUUGUCGAAACCAGGUAGAUACUCACAGCUCUGGGCUCAGCAAAACAGCUCGGUUGAUUUCAUUGAUUCAGCAGUCAAGUUAUAAACCAAGGCACAAUCGAGGAACGCUUUUACGGUUUUAUCUGCAGAUCAAAUUACGUAAUUGGUGGUUAUUCAUGUCAUGAUUCAAAAGAAAAGGUGUACAAAUUUGAAAAAUCCGGAAUAAGAGCCGAAAUGCUAGGAAUGAUGAACAGCAUGAACGAUAACAAACUUCCUUUUGUGAUUUUGUAUCUUUCGGAAAACUGCUCACUUGGGCUAUCGCCUUUUUUAUUUUCUUUUUGAAUUUCAGUUCUUGUAUAGAUAGAUCUUCACAAAUCAAGCCAUUUUUUGCAUUUUUUUUCGUUCUUAGAUGUAUUUUAACACGAUGAGAGCACAUUAACUGUAAAGAUACCCUACAUGGUUGAGGGUGUUUUUGUCGGCGUUUACAAUGGCAGGUUUUGAUGUGAAUUUGAGGUUUGAACAAA